AUGAAUUUAACGUGUUGCUCUGUGGAUUUGUGUAAUAAUCAAAGUUCGAUCACGGCACCAUCAUUAAAUGAUACAACUACCUUAGCGGAUGCAACUGUCAAGGACGAUACAACUACCGAAAACGAUAAAGCUACUAAAGAUAGCACAGCUACGGAUGGUGAUACAACUACCGAAGAUGGCACAGCUUCUGAGGGUGAUAUAACUACCGUAGUUGAUACAACUACCAAAGAUGGUAGAACUUCCAAAGAUGAUGUAGCUAGCAUAGCCAAUUCAGCUAACGAGGAUGGUACAAAUACCGAAGAUAGCACAGCUACUGAGAGUGAUAAAACUACCAAAGAUGGUAGAACUUCCAAAGAUGAUGUAGCUACCAUAGUCGAUUCAACUAACAAGGAUGGUACAAUUACUGAAGAAAAUACAAUUACCGAAG